UUCAUUCUCUGGAUGAGACGGACAGCUGUGCACCGUGGGCUGUGGCGCUCACUUAAUCGUUUUCAAUAAAUGACAUCAAUGUCCACAAACUGCGGAUCCGCCGUGGGCCUGUAGUAGCCUCCUGGGGGGAGGGAGACGUUCGUCCCGCCGCUGUCGGAUGCUGAGACGCGCACUCAGCCCCGUGGAUCUGCCUGAUGUCCAUUAUGAAACGCAAUGGUGCACUGUCGAGUGUGAGAGGCAGCGCUUUUGACAUCCAGUGAAUCACCAGAAAUCAAUUGGGCUGUACUCAACGCUCCUGCGGUGCGAGGUGGACCAGCAUCCCCGGUGUGCUCAUCGCUCAGCCUCCCAUCUUCUCCUGGACUGUGGAUAACUAGAAGCCUUCAAGACGGAGGGGGCGGUGGAGCAUCGAGGGAAAAACAGGGGCAACAUGAGAGAGCGGGACUUCAUGCCCAAUGUGGAGAGGGGCAAACCUGCCACUUACACGGGGGACAAAAAGGCUAAGAUGGCUGCUAAGACGAACAAGAAGUGGGUGAGACUAGCCACCGUGUUUGCAUAUGUGUUGUCCGUGUCCUUAGCAGCCAUCAUCCUGGCUAUUUACUACAGCCUCAUCUGGAAACCAACUAGUGCGUCCUCCUCCGCGGGGAGGCCGGGGGUGCCAGAGGGGGUCACCCCCAGCGCCAACAUCUCCACUAACGUGUCCACGAGCGUCACCGUGUCGGAGUGGAACUCAACGCAGACGGGGCUGCCACUGUCUCUGAACCACACCACCAGGCAGGGCACCACCGCGGCAGCAGCAGCCCCGCACAGCCGCGCAUCGGCGGGGUUCCAGUGGACGACAUGGCCGAGAGCGUGGCCGUCUCGCCCGGGGCAGAGGUUGCGCACUCGCAGCGGCAGGAGGAGGGAAGACUCUACGCAUCAUCCACGGAGAGAUCGGGCACUUCGGGGAAACAGACGCAAAGCAAGCCCCAGCCCCGGGUGA